CCAAAAAUCCUCAAAUCAUGAGGGAAUUCAAAUGAAAUUGAAAUCAAGCUUUAAAAGAAGGAGGGGUAUCACAAAUCGCUCAACAUAUCACAAGAUUACCCAUCAAAAGUGUUUGGAUUCAAUAGAAUCGGAGAGAUAAAACUUCGAGUGAACAGUACCUUCCACGGCGUGGGACUGACGCUGAAGGCUAUGAAUUGGGGACUGGGCAGUCGGCCCUGGGCAGUGGGACUGACGGCGAAGGCUCUCGCUGAAUUGGUGAUGGUUGGGACUGAUGGCGAAGGCUCUCGGCGAAGGCUCUCGGCGAAUCCUUUGCUCUUGAACGACGUAGACGCAAUGGCGAUUAAGAAUGGUGAGGAAAUCCCAACGAAGAAAGUGGGAGAAACCAGGGUCCCAAAGAAUAAGGACGAGUUUGAUGCCGAGGACAUCAAGAAGGUUGAAAACUACGCAAAAGCCAUUAACAUGCUAUACUGUGUAGUUAACCCCGACGACUACCGAAAUAUCUCAUGUUGCACAACUGCCAAGGAGAUGUGGGACAAGCUUGAAGUGACGUACGAAGGUACCAAUCAUGUUCGUGAAGCCAAGAUCGAUUUUCUCACCCAAGAGUACGAAAUGUUCCGAAUGAAGGAAGGUGAGAAAAUCGAUGACAUGUUCGACCGGUUUUCAAAAAUCAUCAAUGAUCUUCACGCCUUGAAGAAAAGCUACUCCAACAAAGAUCUAGUGAGGAAGAUCCUUCGAAGCUUGAAUCCCGAAUGGCGCUCCAAGGCCGAUGCCAUUUACGAGUCAAUUGGCGUCUCCAACGUCACAAUUGAUGGAUUAAGAGGUAAUCUCAAAACUUACGAAUCUACUAUUCUUAAUCCAUCAUUAGACGAGCAAAAGAAAAAGGGAAUAGAUCUCAAAGCCACCAAGGAACCGGUGGAAGAGAUUUCAAGCGAUGACAACAAUGAGUUUGGACUCGUCAUCAAGAAGUUCCACAAAUUCAUGAAGAAAGAAUUUGAGCGGAAGGGAAGAAAGCAGAUGGUCCUCCUAUGUGCUACGGCUUUGGCGAGAUUGGCCACAUCAAGCUGAGGUGUCUAAAAGCCAAGCACGGAAAAGACAAGUCCGGCCUCAAGAAGCAAAGGGCUUACAUUUCUUUGGGUGGCGAUUCCGCGAUGAAUCAACUGACGAAGAGGUGGAUGAAGCUGCAAACCUAUGCCUCAUGGCGCACGAAGACCAAAGCGACAACGUCCAAGAUGUAUGUACCAUUUCUUCUAACUCUUAUACUUUUGAAGAAAUGCAAGAAGCACUUCAUGAACUUUACGAAGAAUUUGUUAGCGCUUCCAAAACGAAUAAAUCUUUAAAGAAACG